CUCUCAUUGUGUAUUUGCGUUUUUUUUUUUUUUUUUCUCCCUUUGAUUUCUGUUUGUUUUCCGAGAAAAUUAGAGGAAAAGCAAAAUUAGAUUUUAAUCUUCGUAUUCCCUCCAGAAGUGAAUCGCAUACAUAAUCUUCACCAAAAAAAAGACUACUAGUUUUCUUUCACAGAGAGGCUUCGUUCUAGUUUGUGACUUGUGAGAGAGAGGCUUUUUGUUGUAUGCAGCGAGUGCGCGAUCUCUUUCUCUCGUUCAGUUUCGCUUAGUAUGUGAAUUUUCGAUGAGAUAAUAUGAAUCUCGUCGCUGCAAAUUUCUCACAAGUCUUGCUUCAUAUUCAAGUAACGUAACGAAAAAAAUCAACAACAAAAAAAAAAACUAGGUUCAGUGUUUGUGUUUUGAAGUCCGCGAUCUGCGCUUGAGGAAUUUUGUUUUCAAUCGGAGCUAAAAGCAUGAUUUGUUGAAGAAAGAGAGAGAGAUAGUGAGUUUGUGUUUUGCUCAGAGAUGAAGAGGUCUAGAGAUGAUGUUUACAUGGCUUCUCAACUCAAGCGGCCUGUGGUUUCAUCUAGAGGAGAAGCGUCUGGGCAACCCCAGAUGAUGGGUGGGACAAAUACACAGAAACUAACAACAAGUGAUGCCCUAUCGUAUCUUAAGGCGGUGAAGGACAUAUUUCAAGACAAAAGGGAAAAAUAUGAAGACUUUCUCGAAGUCAUGAAAGAUUUCAAGGCUCAAAGAAUUGACACAACGGGUGUCAUAGCAAGGGUAAAGGAACUAUUUAAAGGGCAUCGAGACCUAAUUUUGGGUUUCAAUACCUUCUUGCCAAAGGGAUUUGAGAUCACCCUCCCACUUGAGGAUGAACAACCUCCUUCAAAGAAGCCUGUGGAAUUUGAAGAAGCUAUCAGUUUUGUGAACAAGAUAAAGACCCGAUUUCAAGGUGAUGAUCGCGUUUAUAAGUCAUUUUUAGAAAUUUUGAAUUUGUACAGAAAGGAAAACAAGUCCAUAAGUGAGGUCUACCAGGAGGUUGCUGAACUUUUCCAAGAUCACCCGGACCUGCUUGAUGAGUUCACUCAUUUUCUUCCCGAUAAUUCAGGAACAGCUUCUGCUCAAUAUCCUCAAUCUGGUAGGAAUCCUUUGCUCCGGGAUAGAAGCUCUGCCAUGCCUAUAAUGCGGCAAUUGCAUGUUGACAAGAAAGAAAGGACGAUGGCUCCACAUGACCGUGAUCUCAGUGUUGACCGCCCUGAUCCAGACCAUGAUAGAUCUUUGAUGAGAGUGGACAAAGAGCAACGAAGACGUGGUGAAAAGGAUCGGCGAGAAGACAGAGAUAGGAGAGAAAGGGAAAGGGAUGAUAGAGAAUUUGAUCAUGAUGGCAAUAGGGACUUCAAUAUGCAACGAUUUCCCCAUAAACGGAAAGUUCCUAGCAGAGAACAAUUGCAUCAAGGUGGGGAAGGCGAUGAGAACUUUGGAAUGCGUCCUCUUUCAUCCUCCUUUGAUGAAAAAAGCUCUCUGAAAAGUAUGUAUGGUCAGGAGUUUGCUUUUUGUGAAAAAGUAAAGGAGAAGUUACGGAACCCUGAUGAUUACCAAGAAUUUUUGAAGUGUCUUCAUAUUUAUAGCAGGGAAAUAAUUACACGAACAGAAUUGCAAUCCUUGGUGCAAGAUUUACUUGGAAGAUAUCCGGAACUUAUGGAUGGAUUUAAUGAUUUUUUGGCACGUUGUGAGAAGAACGAUGGACUCCUUGCUGGUGUCAUGAGUAAAAAAUCCUUGUGGAAUGAUGGACAUAUACCCAGAUCAGUAAAGGUAGAGGAGAGGGACAAAGAUCGAGAUCGUGAGAGGGAUGAUGGGGUUAAAGAUAGAGACCGUGAAAACCGAGAAAGGGAUAGGCUUGAAAACCGGGAAAGGGAUAGAGUUGACAAAAGUGCUGCCUUUGGCAAUAAAGACAUCGGGAGUCAUAAGGUGUCUAUAUUCCCCAGCAAGGAUAAGUACUUGUCAAAGCCUAUUAAUGAACUUGACCUAUCUAAUUGUGAGCGGUGCACUCCCAGUUACCGUCUGCUGCCAAAAAAUUAUCCAAUACCUUCAGCUAGUCAUAGAACAGACCUUGGUGGUCAAGUAUUGAAUGAUAAUUGGGUGUCUGUCACAUCAGGAAGUGAGGAUUACUCUUUUAAACACAUGCGCAAAAACCAAUAUGAAGAAAGCUUGUUUCGAUGUGAAGAUGACAGGUUUGAGCUUGACAUGUUGUUAGAGUCCGUGAAUGUUACAACUAAGCGUGUAGAAGAACUACUGGAAAAGAUUAACAAUAACACAAUCAAAACGGAGUCUCCAAUUCGUAUUGAGGAACACUUCACAGCACUGAAUCUCAGGUGCAUCGAACGUUUAUAUGGUGACCAUGGGCUUGAUGUGAUGGAUGUGUUGAGGAAAAAUGCACCUCUUGCUUUGCCAGUUAUACUAACACGCUUGAAGCAAAAACAAGAAGAGUGGGCAAGAUGUCGUUCUGAUUUUAAUAAAGUUUGGGCUGAAAUUUAUUCGAAGAACUAUCAUAAAUCGCUUGAUCAUCGUAGCUUCUAUUUCAAGCAACAGGACACAAAGAGCUUAAGCACAAAAGCCUUAUUGGCGGAGAUUAAAGAAAUUAGUGAGAAGAAGCGCAAGGAAGAUGAUGUGCUUCUUGCUAUCGCUGCUGGAAAUAGGCGACCAAUUAUUCCAAAUUUGGAAUUUAAGUACCGUGAUCUAGACAUCCAUGAAGAUCUGUAUCAGCUCAUUAAGUAUUCAUGUGGAGAAGUUUGUACAACUGAACAGUUGGAUAAAGUUAUGAAGAUUUGGACAACCUUCCUGGAACCCAUGCUUGGUGUUCCUUCUAGACCUCAGGGUGCAGAGGAUACUGAGGAUGUUGUAAAGACAAAGAAUAAUGCUGUCAAAACUGGUGCUGCAAGUGUUGGGGAGGGGGAUCUCAGUCCUGGUGGUGGUGCUACUGCUGUGAAUUCCAAACAGUCAAAUCCUUCCAGAAAUGGAGAUGAAAAUAUUCCGCCUGAACAGUCAAGUUCUUGCAGGGCCUGGCAAGUAAAUGGGGAUAAUGGGGUUAAAGAAGAUAGCUCUCUUGAUGCAGAACGCAUUGCACGUAAAAGUGAUACAUUCUGCAGCACCCCUCAACAAGGUAAAGCACAAGUCAAUGCACCUAUGGCUGAUGAAAUAUCUGGAGUCAGCAAGCAAGAUAAUUCCAAUGAACGAUUUGUCAAUUCAAAUUCAUCACUUGUCACUGCUGUGGAGCUGAGUAAUGGACGAACGAACAUAGAGAACACAUCAGGGCUUAGUGCUACUCCAUCCAGACCUAGUAAUGUUGCUGUUGAGGGUGGGGUCGAGGUACCCUUAUCUGAGGGUGGUGAUUCAACAAGACCAAUUAUAUCCACAAAUGGGGGAACAUCAGAUGGCGUCAAAGCUAACAGAUACCAUGAAGAUUCUGUUGGACACUUUAAAGUUGAAAGAGAAGAGGGUGAACUGUCUCCCAAUGGAGAUUUUGAGGAGGAUAAUUUUGCAGUUUAUAGAGAUGCUGGUCUAGAGGCUGUGCAUAAACCAAAGGAUGGUUCUGUAAGCAGGCAAUAUCCAACCAGACACGGAGAAGAAGAUAUGUGUUGUGGGGAGGCUGGGGGAGAAAACGAAGCUGAUGCUGACGACGAAGGUGAGGAAAGUGCUCCUAGGUCUUCAGAGGACACUGAGAAUGCUUCUGAGAAUGGGGAUGUAUCAGGAAGUGAGUCCGCUGAUGGUGAGGAGUGUUCUCACGAAGAGCAUGAGGAAGAUGGAGACCAUGAUGAGCAUGAUAACAAGGCUGAGAGUGAAGGUGAAGCCGAAGGCAUGGCUGAUGCACACGAUGUUGAAGGGGAUGGGACAUCAUUACCAUAUUCAGAACGUUUUCUACUUACUGUGAAGCCUCUUGCAAAGCAUGUCCCUUCAGCGUUACAUGAGAAAGAAAAGGAUUCUCGGGUUUUUUAUGGAAAUGACUCUUUCUAUGUGCUUUUCAGGCUUCACCAAACAUUGUAUGAGAGAAUUCAAUCAGCAAAGGUUAAUUCGUCAUCUGCUGAAAGGAAAAGGUGGGCUUCAAAUGAUUCAAGCCCUACUGAUCUUUAUGCCAGGUUCAUGAAUGCACUAUACAAUUUACUUGAUGGUUCUUCGGACAAUACAAAAUUUGAGGAUGAUUGUCGAGCUAUUAUUGGAACUCAGUCAUAUGUUUUAUUCACAUUAGACAAGCUGAUAUAUAAACUUGUUAAACAACUUCAAACAGUUGCCACUGAUGAGAUGGACAACAAGCUUCUCCAACUGUAUGCAUAUGAAAAAUCAAGAAAACUUGGACGAUUUGUCGACAUUGUUUAUCAUGAAAAUGCCCGUGUUCUUCUUCAUGAUGAGAACAUAUACCGCAUUGAAUGUUCAUCUACGCCAACCAGUUUGUCUAUUCAGCUUAUGGACUAUGGGCAUGAUAAGCCUGAAGUGACAGCUGUUUCCAUGGACCCUAAUUUUUCAGCAUAUCUACACAAUGACUUCCUGUCAGUUGUCCCAGAGAAGAAAGAGAAGUCUGGGAUCUUCUUGAGGAGGAAUAUUCACAAAUAUGCCAAUGGCGAUGAAUUUUCUACCACAUGCCAGGCAAUGGAAGGGCUUCAAGUUCUCAAUGGAUUAGAGUGUAAGAUAGCUUGCACUUCGUCCAAGGUCUCAUACGUUUUGGAUACGGAAGACUUUUUGUUCCGGGUGAAAAAGAAAAGGAAAUCUUACAACUCUUGUAAUGACCAGGCAAAGUCUUUGAGUGGUUGUUCAAGUAGAGUACAACGAUUUCACAGACUGCUUUCUAGCUCAUAAUAACUUCCUGUGACCCUUAGUAGAUAUGUGACUUUUUGCACGCAUUACUUACUCUGGCUUGGCGCCCGAGGUCUGAAAGAUCGCAGCGCCACGAAGGAAAAAAAAAAGCUUUCGUGGAUUCAUCUUUCAUGUAUUCUUAUAUUUCUAUCUCACCAACCGAAUAAAGAAAAUGAGGAGGCUGACAUGGCUCAACGGUUGUAGUAUACUACUGUAUGUUUUUGAAGUUUUAGCCGCAAAUUAUGUAAAUAGAGGUAAAAUUUGUGAUGUAUACUUGAUAUGCAUUGUUUAAUUCAUUCAUCUUUAUUCUUGUUAAUCA